GGGCAGAUGCCGGUGCACGCGGCCGCCCGCGAGGGCAGCCUAGACGUGCUGCAGUACCUGUACGGCUCGGGGGCGGACUGCGACGUUCAGAACAACAACGGCAACACGCCGCUGCACCUGGCGGCGGGCAAGGGGUGGGUGGAGGUGGCGGAGCGGCUGGCGGCGGCGGGCGCCGACACGUGCAUCAAGAACAGCAAGGGCUGGCUGGCCAUCCAGUCCGCCUCCAACGGCGGCUGCUUCGAGGCGGUGCUCAAGCUGGCGCAGCACGGCUCG